UGGGUAGGGGGAGAACAGUCAUUCAGAUUCUGCUGCGCUUGAAACGCAAGCCACCUUCCUCGCAUUUUUGCGUCGCAAUAACUUCUUACUAACUGACUGAAAUCAAAACUUUUUCUCGGCAAAACUGUAACCCAUUUCAACUUCUGGAAAAUAACGGCAGGCUCAUGGAUGCGCCUGGAAGUGUCUUAUCGCAUUUACAAGAAUGAUAAAGGGAAUAUCAGCUGCUUUUGGACAUAUUUGAAGGGAAUAUAAGUGCUAUCAAUCAGGGGACUAAUAAUAUAGAUGUUGAAGUGACGGUUUGAGAUACCGUCUCACAUCCCGCUGUAGCCUAACUAUGGGUCGAUAGUAUGGACUUAUCCGAUUCUGGAGAGGAAGAGUGCGUCACGGCUGAUAGGAAUUUACUUCCACACUAUUCGUGUGGAAUAAAAGUUCAUUGACAAACGGGAGGAUUCUGCCGCAUCACUUUUUUGUUGUUUCUUGCGAAGGCAUGGCGGGACCAGUUCUGUUUCUUGUGCUGUGGGUCUUGACAUGGUUCGGGGAGGUUCGGUGCGCUUCGUACCCGCAGCGGUAUAAUCUCUAUUCGGGACAGACCCAGGCGCAGCCACAGAACGGCGCCCGGGCAGCGAGCAGACACAGAAACUGGUGUGCGUAUGUGGUUACAAAGACAGUGAGCUGUGUGGUGGAGGAUGGAGUGGAGACCUACGCCAAGCCUGACUACCACCCCUGCUCCUGGGGCACACAGUGCUCUCGCACGGUGACGUAUCGAACAUAUAUGAAGCCGCGGUACAAGGUGGCCUACAAGAUGGUGACAGACAUGGAGUGGAAAUGUUGCCAUGGUUACACUGGGGACGAAUGUAGCGAGGGGCCGAGUGGAGGGUCUGGUACCCAGAUUGCUACAGCCAGACCCCGGCCGAAACCUUCCCGACCGGGUCAGACUGGAACCGGCACAGGACACGGAGGACAGAAUGGGGGAGACGGGCGAGGAGACGGCGACAAGAUGCGGCAGCUGGAGGACAAGAUCCAGAGCCUGACCAAGGACCUCCAUGACCUGCAGUCCACCCUGAGGGGCAUGAACGAACGCUUCCAGGAGGAAAUGCACAAACCGGGUUUCACCGGUGGCGGCACCAAGACCCCGGCGGACUCAGCCCAGCCCGAGAUGAAAGAGACCAUCCACAGCAUCCAGACCAAACUGGACCAGCUGGACAACCGGACCCAGGCCCACGACAAGACACUGGUCAGCAUCAAUAACCACCUGGUCAAUGGGAAUGCUGGCAGGGGGAAUGAUCUCGGGGGUGGCGCUGGCGGCUCCUCUGGAGGCACCGGUGGGUUUAGUGGCGGGACGCUCAGCACGCUGAAAGAGGAGAUCCUGAGAGAGCUGGAGAGGAGGGUAUCUCUGUCCUGCUCCUCCUGCCAGUCUGGGGUGGAGGACCUGCGAAUGCAGCAGCAGGAGAUCAGGGAGAGGAUCCAGGUGCUGGAAAAGCAGCUGAACGCAGUGGAUGGACGCUACCGCCAGAACCUGGACGGCCUACGCCAGGAGGUCACACGCUCCCAGGGCUGCUGCAACACUGUCACCGACCUCAAGAACAGGGUCACAGAUGCAGAGACAAAGAUCAGCUCUGUGUCAGAGAACUACAAUGUCAUCCAGAACCGCCUGGAUAAGGAGUUGGGAAGUGGUGGUGGUAGUCAUGGCGGCGGAGGUUUCGGAGGAGGUGGCUUUGGACCCGGUGGUGGUGGCUUUGGACCCAAUGCUGGCAGCGGGUUACCCAAGGUUAUAGAGGACAGGCUGGAUAGCCGUCUGAAGGACCUGGAGAGGCGGGUGAACAGCACAGUGCAGCACACAGAAGAGAGCUGCACCUUAAUAGAGAACGACUUGAAGGACUACUUCCACCGUGAGCUCGGUGACCUCCGGACUGUGUUCCUGGACCGCUUCGAUGCCCAGGGCUACCGCAUCGAAGACAUAGAGCUGGAUGUGGGCAUCUUAAAGGACAGAGUGUCGGACCACGACAAGAAGCUGACCCGCCUGGAGAACUCUACGGCACUCCUAGACAAGAGUCUGACUGACUGUGGCUGUGGAGGAUUAGGAGGAGGAGCUGGAGGAGUGGUAGAAGACUCUGUGAAGUCUAUCACGUGGAGGGUGGUGGCUAACGAGGACGAGAUCCGCCGCUUCGACACACGUAUCAAGGACCUGUCCGUCUCAGGCGACUCGCUAAUGGACAAGGUGGUGGACCUCAGCCACGACAUCCGUAAAAUCAAAGCCCUGACCGGAGACAACGGCGAGCACUUCAACCGCAUUGUCACAGAGAUCGAGACACUGGGUCGUUGCGUGUACGACUGCGACAUCUGCGGAAGAGUGGAAGACGAGUUGAAGAAGCUGAAGAACCACACACAGCACACUCUGAACCGCUGGGAGAAGGACAUCAACGCCAUCCGGACACGGGUGGACUCGGACCAGAGCUCCUGUUCGCAGGUGUGCUCCACCCUGCAGGAGGAGAUGGGAAUACUCCAGGAGGAGGUGGAGAAGUGUAGUGGCCAGUGUAAGAUCCGCCUUGUGACCCCAACAACAGGUGGCGGCACUGGAGGAGGCCUGGAUGACCCCCAGAAGCCCCUAGAUGGCCACAGUGUGAUUGGAGGAACGUCUAACAACGGCCACCUCAAGUCCCUGCAGGGCGAGCUGUCCGAGGUCAUCCUGACCUUCAGCUCCAUUAAUGACACACUGAGGGGCCUGGAGCACACAGUGCAGAAACACGGCAGCAUCAUCACCGACCUGGGCAACACAAAGAACAAGAUCAUCUCGGAGCUGGACAAGAUCCAGCUGGACGUGACCGAGCACAUUGAGGAGAGUCGCAACCACCUCGACGGGGUGGAUCGUGAUGUGCGCCGUUUUGAGAACACCCUGGUGGUGGAGAUGGGUGACUGCAAGCGCUCUGGUGACGGCCUGGAGAAGAGGCUGUCCAAGAUGGAGGGUGUGUGUGGACGGCUGGACGGCAUCUCGGACUCGCUCCAGAAGAUCAAGGAGGGGCUGAACAAGCAUGUGUCGGGCCUGUGGAACUGUGUGAACGGCCUGAACGCCACGGUCAUCUCCCACGGAGGGGUCAUCAAGAACAUCCAGACCACUCAGCUGGACGGGAUCCACGGGAAAAUCAAGAACCUCAAUUCGUCCAUCGGCCACAUCCUCAAGGAGUUCCAGAACCUCUCGGAACAGGACCUGACCGGCCUGCCUGGUCCUCCAGGUCCCUCUGGGGAAAGAGGGUUCCCAGGGUUGCCCGGCCCCAAGGGGUCUCAAGGUAGGGACGGACCUGUGGGCAGGCAGGGAGAGAACGGGCCCAGAGGACCACCAGGUCUCAAAGGUGAACAAGGUAUGCCAGGUGCUGAUGCCAACGUGCCCAAGCUCUCCUUCUCUGCAGCUCUCACCUACCCCGUGCUCAACGCUGGCACCAUCGUCUUCGACAAGAUCUUUGUCAACGAGGGAGAGUUCUAUGACCCGCGGACAGGCAUCUUCACAGCGCCCAUUGAUGGACGCUACUUCUUCAGCGCCAUCCUCACGGGCCACAAGAACGAGAAGAUCGAGGCGGUGCUGUCCAAGUCCAACUACGGUAUGGCCCGGGUAGACUCCGGGGGAUACCAGCCAGAGGGCCUGGAGAACAAGCCAGUGGCUGAGGCCAAGAUCAACCCUGGCUCCCUGGCCGUGUUCAACAUCAUCCUUCCCCUCCAGGUUGGAGACACAGUCUGCAUUGACCUCGUCAUGGGCAAGCUGGCCCACUCCGUAGAGCCUCUCACCAUUUUCAAUGGAAUGCUUCUGUACGAACAGAUGUGAGCCAACGGGACAGCAUCCCCUAGGCUCUCAAGCUGGAACACGAGAGAGGGAGAGGAAGGGAGGGAGGGAAUUAGGAAAGUGAGAAAGAAGAGAGCGGUUGGGGUUGGGGUUGGUCCCCUCCGGAGCAAUUUAGUCUCACAGUUUUAUUUGACAACUGCUUUUGAAAGCAAAAUGAUCAGUCCAGAGAAUGAGGUUAGAAUGACUUUAUAUCGACUCGCGAAACAUGGGAAUGAAAGAGAACUAGGAGACGACCACAAUGACAGAAAAGUUUUUUCCUCCGCGUGUCAUUCCUGGCCCUCUGAUGUUUGAGACCUGAUGAACUGCUUGAAAAAAACAUAGGAUAUACUGUAGACUGCGCAGCAGCAGACUGAGUGAUGUUUAGCUUGCCCAGCAUUUGGAGAAGUGUUUUCACAACGAAUUUGUACUACUGCAGGAUUUUUAUAUGUUUAUUGGAGUCUCCGUCUCCUUAUUACUCACUCCAGGGAUGGGGCUCGGAGUACAGUAGUCCUUCAUGCACCAAUACCGACCAUAAGGUCUCCUUGACAUCCCACGUACCCCUUUGCUGCAAAGUGUUUCCCUGCCAUGGAGCCAGACCCACAGUCAAGGUCUGAGGUUAACCUUAAGUAGUUAACCUUAAUAACCAGGAAUGAGAAAUUAAUUUCUUGAUUUUCUCUAGUUGUUUUCUAUUGAGAUGAAUUCACACAUUUUGUGAAUGUUUUUAUAUUACUGUGCACUUUUCUAUCUCCUUGUAUGUGUGUUCUGGUCUUUAUACCCUGUAAUGCCUUUGGCCCAGUGAAUCCAAAGUUUGCCUGUGUGGAUAUUAUUUUAAAGCUUCAGUACCUUAUA